UAUACUGCAUUCGAUAGUCAAAUUAGUUCCACGUUGGACAUGAUCGCAAAGUGAACAAUAUGGCUACAAAAGAAAACAAUCUUCCUGUAUUAUAUGGAGAAUUAAAUAAAUUAGGUCAAAAUGGAGAAUAUGAAAGGGCCAUAAAAAUUGCCAAUAAAAUUUUAUAUACUUUCCCGGAUGAAAAAGCUGCUUUCCGUUGUAAAGUUAUUUGUCACAUUCAACUAUCUAAAUUUAAUGAUGCACUCCAAUUUAUAUCUAAGAAUCCAAGACUAGCAAGCAAUUUAGAUUUUGAAAAAGCAUAUUGUUUAUAUCGAUUAAAUCAAGUAAAUGAAGCUUUAAAAGUAGUAGAAGUUUUGCCAAAUCCUUCAUUAAAACUCAAAGAACUUAAAGCCCAAAUAUUAUAUAGACUUGAAAAAUAUGAAGAAUGUUUCUCUGUAUAUAGAGAUAUUAUAAAAAAUUCUCAUGAUGAAUAUGAAGAUGAAAGACAAGCUAAUCUUGCAGCAGUGGUUGUAAAUUUAACAAUUGAGGGUUCCAAUGUAGAAGUUCCUGUACUACGUGAAGAUACAUAUGAAUUAAUAUAUAAUGCAGCUUGUUGUUUAAUUGCACAAGGUAGCAAAGGUGAUAAAACUGUUUUAAUUGAAGCAGAGAAGAAACUUAGAACAGCUGAAAAAAUGUGUAAAGAAGGUUUAGAAGAAGAUGGAGUUGCAGAAGAAGAAAUAGAAGAUGAAUUGGGAAUUAUUAGAGUUCAACUUGGAUGUUGUCUUCAACUUCAGGGUCGUGAGAAAGAAGCUCGAGGAUUAUAUAUUUCUGCUUUGAAAGCAAAACCAGAUGAUAUAGCUUUAGUAGCAGUUGCAAGCAAUAAUCUUGUGUGUCUAAAUAAAGAUCAGAAUGUAUUUGAUAGUAAAAAAAGAAUGAAAAGUGCUACUCAUGAUAGCUUAGAAUAUAAAUUAACUUCUAGACAGAAAACAAAUAUUGCUUAUAAUCAGUGUUUGCUAGCUUUAUAUACUGAUCAGGCAGAACAAUGUCAACAACUUUGUAAUAAACUUGCUAAAGAUUAUCCUGCACUUGCUGUGGAUGCAAUGUUUGUUAAAGCAGUACAACUUGGUAAAGAAGGUAAAGCAAAGGAAGCAACAGAUUUACUAACACAGUAUGCAAUUGGAGAUAAAGAAUUACAAAUGAAAUUAGUUUGUGUGCAACUUUUAUUAAGUCAAGAUGAAAGACAAGAAGCAAUCAAUGUUCUUGAAAAUUUAAAUGAAAGAGAUAAAUCUUUACCUGGCAUAGUUAGUACACUUGUAACUCUUUAUAUGGCUGAAAAUAAUCGUGAAAGAGCGUCAGCUGUUCUUAAAAAUGCGGUUAAUUAUUACAAGAAAAAUAAAGAAACUACUGCUAAUUUAGGAGAAUUAUGGCGACAAGCCGCUGAUUUUUAUCUACGCGGAGGAGAAAUUAAAAUGGCAGCUGAUAUUUUACAAGAAAUGGUAGAUGCUUCGCCUUGUGAUACUAAAACAUUAGCGCAAUUAGUAGUGGCUUAUGUUCAAUUUUGUCCUGAAAAAGCACAAUUAUUAUCAAAACGUUUACCGCCACUACACGAUUUAUAUGAAACAACGGAUAUUGAUGCUUUAGAGAGUAGCAAUUGGGUAAUUGGUACCAAAAUGAUAAAGAAAAAAAUAGAACCAUCUCCUGGUAAACCAGUUGAUGUAACUCAAAAGAAACGGAAGAAACGCAAACGUAAAGGAAAGUUGCCUAAGAAUUAUGAUCCAAAUGUUCCACCUGAUCCCGAGCGAUGGUUACCUAGACACGAACGUAGUGGAUUUAGAAAGAAACGAGAUAGAAGAAAUCGAGAUGCUGCAAUGAAAGGCACCCAAGGUGCUGCAACUGGAGCUAGUGAUAUGUACGAUAUUACUAAAAUGCCUACAAAUGCAAAACCUUCCCCUAAUCCACGACAUAGUCCAGCAGUAGAAAGUUCUGGUCCACGACAACAACAACGUAAAGUUCAACAGAAAAAAAAAAAAAAGGGAGGAAAGUGGUAAAGUGAUACAAAUAAUUUAUACUUGUGUUUGACCGAAAAAUAUGUAUGUAUGUAUGCAUGUGUGUAUAUAUAUAUAUAUAUAUAUAUAUAUAUAUAUAUAUAU